GCUUGGCAGUACCCCAAAUUUUGGUCGAUUAUGGUCAAUACUGCUCGAUUAUGGCUAAUGUUACUGAUAGCGCAGUGCAGUAAAUUCAUGUCCGUGUUGUAUGCCGCUUUAGGUAUUCCUUCUGUUAUUUCUGUACUUGUUACCGGAUUAGUGAUAAGCUCCAGUCGAAGACUAUUCCAAAAGUAUGCAAAUAUUUUCGCUCUCAGCGCAUGCGAGUUAGUUGAGGCCACUAGCUACAUUUUGGCUGCGUUUGGAAGAGCACCUAAGAUCUGCAAUCGCACCUUGUUCAAGAGAGCAACAGUAUAUGACUGUUUCUUCAAGACAUGUUGGCCUCAUGCUCUCAUUCUUGGCACUGAGCUGCCUGCUUUCUGCUUGCUGUUGGCCUCAUGCGAGCGGUUGAUGAUAACAUUCCAUCCUACAUCCUAUUCUAAAAUUAUGGAAAUGAAAAUUCGCUUACUAAUACUUGUUCCCAUCGCGGGAUUGAUCUCAAUUUCUGCAGCAUGUUUAUCAGCAUAUUUAGAUGGCAACAGAAUUCUGGAUUCUUCAAGGUUUGCAACAUUUCACUUCGUAUUCAUCAGCUUCAGUUCUUUUGCUUCAUUUGGUUCAUUUAUCGUAAUGGGCAUCACAUUGAAGGGAAUGCGCCACACAAUGCGCCAGGAAUCUGCCAAUUUGAGGAGAUCUUUUCAUUCUUUUCGUUCUGCCUCAAACGAACGCUGGCUGAGCACAUGGCUGGUUGUUUCUGGGUUUUCCUCGUUCUUCGUUUCGUUACCAGCAACACUAAUGUUGACAGCCAUGUGGAUUGGAGGAGAACUGGUUAACAAUGAUGUUAUUGUUGCAGUGGUGUACGUGAUGCCCGGGUAA